UUCCUCUGAGAAAGCCCUGACCAGGGCUGAUAAAGUCUUUCUUCACAAGACCCUAGAGGCCUUUUUAAAAAGUGCUUGAAAAAGAAGACAAAGGAGCGCUGGAGUUGAGGGUUUUCCAGUCUGUGUCUGGUGGUUGGUCCUGAGAGAUGCCUCUGUUCCUGCUGAUCUACCUCUCCGUCGUGGUCACCUCGGUGUCAUUGACAGCCCUAGAUCCUUGUUCUGCUUACAUCAGUCUGAACGAGCCCUGGAGGAACACUGACCACCAGUUUGAUGAGUCCCAAGGUCCUCCUCUCUGUGACAACCACAUGGAUGGAGAGUGGUACCGCUUCACAGGCAUGGCAGGAGAUGCCAUGCCCACCUUCUGCAUCCCAGAAAACCACUGCGGAACCCAUGCACCUGUCUGGCUCAAUGGCAGCCACCCCCUAGAAGGUGAUGGCAUUGUGCAACGCCAGGCCUGCGCUAGCUUCAAUGGAAACUGCUGCCUCUGGAACACCACGGUGGAGGUCAAGGCCUGCCCUGGAGGCUACUAUGUGUAUCGUCUGAGCAAGCCAAGCGUCUGCUUCCACGUCUACUGUGGUCAUUUUUAUGACAUCUGUGAUGAGGACUGUCACGGCAGCUGCUUGGAAACCAGUGAGUGCAAAUGCUCUCCAGGAACUGUGCUGGGCCCCGACAGGCAGACGUGCCUCGAUGAAAAUGAAUGUGAUCGAAACAAUGGUGGCUGCAGUGAGAUCUGUGUGAACCUGAAAAACUCCUACCGCUGUGAGUGUGGGGUUGGCCGUGUACUAAGAAGUGACGGCAAGACUUGUGAAGUCCCUGUGUUGUGCAAGUCAAACACCAUUGAAGUGAGUGUCCCCAGGGAGCUGGUUGGCGGCCUGGAGCUCUUCCUGACCAACGCAUCCUGCCGAGGAGUGUCCAAUGGCACCCACGUCAACAUCCUCUUCUCCCUCAAGACAUGUGGUACAGUGGUGGAUGUGGUGAAUGACAAGAUCGUGGCCAGCAACCUGGUGACAGGUCUGCCCAAGCAGACCCCGGGGAGCAGCGGGGACGUCAUCAUCCGAACCAGCAAGCUGCUGGUCCCGGUGACCUGCGAGUUCCCGCGCCUCUACACCAUCUCCGAGGGCUACGUGCCCAACCUCCGAAACUCGCCGCUGGAAAUCAGGGGCCGAAACCACGGGGUCUUCCCGUUCACGCUGGAGAUCUUCAAGGACCGUGAGUUCGAGGAGCCCUACCGGGAAGCGCUGCCCACCCUCAAGCUGCGCGACUCCCUCUACUUCGGCAUCGAGCCGCUGGUGCACGUGAGCGGCCUGGAGAGCCUGGUGGAAAGCUGCUUUGCCACGCCCACGGCCAAGGUCGACGAGGUGCUCAAGUACUACCUCAUCCGAGACGGCUGUGUUUCAGAUGACUCGGUAAAGCAGUACACAUCCCGGGAUCACCUCGCGAAGCAUUUCCAAGUCCCAGUCUUCAAGUUUGUGGGCAAAGACCACAAGGAAGUGUUUCUGCACUGCCGGGUUCUGGUCUGUGGGAUGCUGGACCAGCACUCCCGCUGUGCCCAGGGUUGCCACCGGCGGAUGCGUCGUGAGGCAGAAGAAGAGGACUCAGCUGGUCUACAGAGCGAGACACUGACGGGCGGCCCGAUCAGCAUCGACUGGGAGGACUAGUUCAUUGGCACACCUGCAGUGCCCUGGCGCGCCCCCCCCCCAACACUUUGGGCUGUUGUCCCCUUUGGAGCUCCUCCCCACAGCCUCUGAGAACAUCAGCCAGCCUCCUGGAGCGCCUCACCUCUUUAAACUCUCCCAGAACUGACUCACUCUGAUUCCUGUCCACCGGGUUAGCACAGGUCACUGCACCGCUGGACAACGUGGCCUGGGUGGGGUUUCACCCUCCCAAAGUGAAAGCUAAGCUGUUACCCAGCAGGAAGUUUAUCCCUUUUCCCUUGUUUCUUUUCUACAAUUAAAUACCUCGUGUAUGAUGCAUUAGGAUCGCUAAAUCAGAAAUUGGGUAUAGUAUUUCAAGUUAGAAACCUUAAAAAAUUCGUUACUAAAUUAUGACUUAAAUACUUAAUGACUCAUUAAAUAUGUGAAUAAUCAUUAUGCCCUGAAAUUUGUUUGAAAACAGACUAGUUCUAAGUGAUUUUAAAAGUGUAAAAGAGUGUGCAGUUAAAACAUUCCAAUUUUGUUUUUCUCUUGCAUAAUUUCUUUUGAUAUUUUUAUAUUGCCUUAAGUGAAAUAGUUUCACUUAAUAAUAUGAAUAAAUUGAUUGACAUGUAUUUAAAUGUUUC